AUGUCUCCAGCUUUAAGGAAAUUCUCUGUUCGUUCAAUGCUUGGGCCAUUCAGAAAAAUGUCCAAGAAGUCAUUGACUUACAGAUUGAUUAGCCGUAUGGCAAAAUCGCCUGUCCUAUCCACCAUUUCAUUUGCUGCUAUACUUUGUUUUAUUUAUGCGGAUAGACCAAUGUCUAAUCUUUCCAUUAACACUGCAAACAUUAAGACAGGUGAGGUUCUCCCUUCUCCUCAGACGACUACUCCACUUGGUGGAGGAGAGGGACAAGUUGCCACGCGUUUGAAUAGCUUGCCAGUAGCUGUAUCUACCACCCCGGCAAGAAGGAUUGAAGAAGGAACUGAGAAUGAAGAUCCUCUAAUUCCUCCUUUCAAGGCCUCGGUAGAUGAAAGAAUGGAAUGGUUCAGGAGAAAACUACCGGAACUUGAAAUUCUCAAAUCUAAUGAGUUGAGUAAGAAAUUCCAUGGUCGGGUUUUGGAAUUGUACAAUAACAAUUGUUCUGCUCAGUUCUUCAUGGUUUGGCUUUCAACGGCGCAGUCCUUUGGACCUAGAGAGUUCUUGUCCGCGGAUAGUCUUUUCAGCACCACACCUGAUGGAUGCUUGCUGAUUUUGUCAAGCUCCAUGGACACCGCAAAAGGGUACAGGAUCCUGAAACCACUCCUUGAUCGCGGAUUUAAAGUUCUUGCAGUCACACCAGACGUGCCCUUUCUAGUCAAGAAUACUCCAGCUGAAGCGUGGCUUGAUGACUUGAAGGGUGGGAAUAUGGACCCUGGUUCAGUUCCUUUAUUCAACCAUCUUUCUGAUCUAAUCAGGCUAGCAGUCUUGUAUAAGUAUGGAGGAGUUUACUUGGACACGGAUUUCAUAUUUUUGAAAGAUUUAUCAGGGUUGAGGAAUGCCAUUGGUGCGCAAAGUAUCAACCAAGUAACCAAAAAAUGGACCAGGCUAAAUGGUGCAGUUAUGAUCUUUGACAUCCACCAUCCUGUUUUGCUGGAAUUCUUAAAGGAAUAUGCCAAAACUUUUAACGGAAACAGGUGGGGCCACAAUGGACCAUACUUGGUUUCCAGGGUCUUGGAGAGUAUACGAGACAACUCUGAAUAUAACAUUACAAUUUUCCCACCAAAGGCCUUCUAUCCAGUGAAUUGGGUUCAGAUAGCCAAGCUGUUUAAGAAGCCAGAAACGGAGGCAGACUCAAAAUGGGCAGAUGAUACACUGGCUGAUAUGAGCAGCGAGAGCUAUGUAGUUCACUUGUGGAACAAGAGAAGCAGAGAAUUGAAGAUAGAGGAGGCAAGUGUCAUGGCAAGAUUGAUUGCAGAACACUGUAAUAUUUGCGAGAACAUAUAUGAUCCUUGAAGAAAAUUUCUUCUCUAAUAAAUGGCCGAGGAACCCUCUAUAUGAAACCGUUCGCCAUACAGGACUAACAAAAUCAACAAAAAGGCCCUUCCUUUUCAAUAAGUUAUGAUUCAAGUGUAGUAAGUAAAUCUUUCAUCACAUUAGUUUUUUUUUUUUGUCAUUUAUU